CGCAAAACCCUAAAGACACAUUUGCAAAUUAUCGAAAGAUCAAGAAUGGCAGAAGAAGCAUCAAGUUUGGUCGGGAUCAUUGAGACAACCGUGGAGGUAAAAUCUACGCCGGAGAAGUUGCAUGACAUGCUUGUCGGGAAAAAGCACCAUAUGCCCGAUGCAUCUCCAUCCUUCAUUCAGAGCUGUGAGCUGCAUGAAGGCGAGAUAGGCCAAGUUGGUUCUAUCGUGACCUGGAAUUACUUUCAUGAUGGGGAGGCAAAAGUAAUGAAAGAGAGGAUCGAGUCAAUAGACCCGGAGAACAAUCGGGCCACAUACAGGGUGUUAGAGGGUGAUUUAAUGAACGAGUACAAGAGUUUCGUGGUCACCUUUCAAGUGACCCCUAAGGAAGGAGAACCUGGAAGCAUUUUACAUUGGCACUUUGAGUACGAGAAAAUUAAUGAGGAGGUGGCUCACCCUGAGACUCUCCUCCAGUUUGCCGUAGAGGUCUCCAAAGAGAUCGAUGCACAUCUCAUGUCCGAAGAAGAAGUGUCAAGUUUGGUUGUGAAGCUUGAGGUUGAUGUUGACAUCAAGGCCUCUGCUGGGAAGUUCCAUCACAUGUUUGCUGGUAGACCACACCAUGUCUCCAAAGCAUCUCCAGGCAAUAUUCGGAGUUGUGAUCUGCAUGAAGGCGAAUGGGGAAAAGUUGGUUCUAUCGUCUUUUGGAAUUAUGUUCAUGAUGGGGAGGCAAAGGUAGCGAAAGAAAGGAUUGAGGCAGUGGAGCCGGAGAAAAAUUUGAUCACUUUUAGGGUGAUAGAGGGAGAUUUAUUAAAAGAGUAUAAGAGCUUUGUCAUCACCAUCCAGGCGACUCCUAAACAGGAAGGACCUGGGAGUACAGUGCACUGGCACGUUGAGUAUGAGAAAAUUGACGAGAGAGUGGCUCACCCUGAGACUUUCAUUGAGUUCUGUGUUCAAGUUUCCAAAGAGAUAGAUGAACAUCUCCUGAAUGAGGACUAG